AUGGCAGGCACACGGCUGCAGAUCGUAGGAACAUUCGUGCUAUUUGUGCUGCUUGCAGCACCUGUGGCUUGGCUUUUAACACAAGUAGAGCGUGUAGAACUUCCUGUCUCGCGCAUCCAGCAAUUAUCAUGGGCGGCGUCGCGCUUUAAGACACCACCCGAUACAUUUUACGUGGAUAUCUACAGUUUUGGCUCAGUAUCGUCACCUCCGCCGUCUUCCAGCAUUACUAGCAUUGUAUACGUACCACAUUCUAUGCAUCUAAGCACCGAACAGAAGCAGAUGCUGCAAUUUGGUCUUAACAAUGGUCCACAGGCAACGGAUGAUGCGCUGAAGACGUUGGUGACACAAGAUUCCAAGCACUUCAGUAUCUUUUUAAUAGGCGAUGAGAAUGCAGCUUCGGCAUCUCCAAUUCUGACAGUAGGGAAGUAUCGUCACGCGUGGUCAUUGGAUAGUCAACUACUUGAAGGGGGUGCAGUUCAUAUUGCCUUAGAAAAGCUGAUUCGAACGCAUGUGUACCCUCAAGACGAUAUGGAGCGUGAUAACCAGAAUACCAAAUCACAAUUGGCGCGAAGAGCAUUGCGCUAUCGUCUGCAGUUCUCAUUGCUUAAGGAAAAUCCAUUGACACCGUGGAAUGAGAAUUUACAGAUGCUUGUAGAUAUGUAUCUAAGUCAUUUCGUGCGCAAAGUUGGAGCACUUGCCAAUUUCACGGUAGAAACGCAGGUGAUUCAGUACGCGAGACUUGCCAAGGAGGUUACUUCAAAUUCAGACGGCACCGAAUUCCACAUUAAUGCAAACGACUUGAAGCAUUUCAAAAGCACGAAUGACUAUCUAGAUGCGUCAGUGUUGGACGAUGGCGAGCAAGUGCUGCACUUUAUGGCUGCACUUCCGGACGUACAACACGCACCGUUAUUUAUUCGUCCAGAAGAGGACAAUGCUAAUUUGGCAACAGCUUUUGAGCUGCCGGGAUGGGGUAUUGUGGUAAUUCUCAACCCUUUUAAGCUCGAUAGUACUUCUUCAAUGACAACACGAAUGUACGAAUUGCAACGAGUAAUGGGACUAUUCAUCACAGAGUUUCGAACAUUACUUGGCGUACCAUCGUUUUUUCAUCGACAACAGCAAGAGAAUGCAGCAAAUGGUCUUCCAAGACAACAACUGCUCUUUCUACCGUCUUCUGUCGAUGGUAUUGCUGAUUGGGAGUUGGAUGUUAUCAUGCGCGAACGCUUUACAAUGCUUAUGCAGACAGCAAUUGAGACAUUGCAAUCUACAUUGAAGCUUGUUGAGACACUACCAGAAUUGAGUGUAUUAGAACGCGUUCAAGUUCGAGUCCAGAAAGCUGUCACAAGACUUGAAGCUAUUCUCUGUGAUCAAAAAUGGCAACAUGAAUGUGUCGAGCCGUCAGAUCUGCAUACUCUUCUAGCAAUGGCUCGUCAGGCUUCCGAACUAACAGACGCUGCGUAUUACGAUCAUACAAUGAUUCGACAACUUUAUUUUCCUCAAGAACAAAUGCUUGGUGUCUACGCACCACUUCUCGCUCCUCUCAUUCUCCCAUUUUUAUUAGGUCUAAUCCGGGAGAUUAAACGUUAUAAAGCAAAGAAGAGGGAGAUCGUUCAGACCAGAACAUUUAUCUGCCAGAUCAAUUCAAAUCGUGCUCUAGACAUCUUGACAAUCUCGUCUUACACGCCUGUUAUGGCUUCCAAAGAUUCGCUAUUCGAUUCAUCUUUAGACGAAUUACCAGCUUUUUUCUCAAAUGGCAGUGUAGAUGAUACCAAGUACGAAUCGUUACUAGCAGAUUUGCGUGCUCAUGAUCUACUUGGGCCUAUAGAAAGUAGCGCUCAGGCCAGUGAUACCGGCUCGUCAAUUUUUUUCAAUGACGCUUUUUCUGCUAUUUUUAUGGGAACAUUUCAAUCAAAACAUGUUACUAAGACUGAUGUCGAAUCUUCUCGUGCACCACCAGGAUUAGGAGCACCGUCGGAGGAUUUAAAGUGGGCAAGAGGUCAACAAUUAUUCUCCAGACUUGAGGAAAAGUUUCAAGGCUCUGGAGGUGAGAAAACGGGAGCUAAUGAACGUGCGCCACCCCCUGGUUUAAGUUUGGAUCAAGAUACGGAAUUGGAUGAGAGUCAAGUACCUGGAUUAAAAGGACUGGGUCUUGAUGAUGACGAUACGGCAUUCGAACCACCAGUUCAGGCUCCUCCUCCGCUUCCACACCCACCACCUAUUCCUAUGUCGCCGACUCAACCACCUAAUGCUUAUGGUCUACAAUCAGUGCCAUCCAACACACAACAGCAACAGUAUUUGCCUUCUCCACCUCACAUGCAGCACCGUCCACCACAUCCUGUUUACAUCCAAGGUCACCAAUCUAUGCCUUCUCAAGGAUUGCACCCACCUCCACCGCAUUAUCACGGACGUGGUCCACCUCCUCCACUGCGUCCGCCAUUUGUCGGUCCUCCUGGUACAUUUGGACGUUCUGGUGUGCAUCAGCCAUUACCACAACUGCAUUCAUUUUCAUUCAAAAUGAUGACCCCACGUGAUGUGAAUUUUGUCAUGCAGCAACAAAUGAAAUGGUUACGAUCAAGUGAUCCAUUUAGUGAUGAUUAUUAUUUUCAUAAUUAUAUGCAGAAACGCAAUCGAGGUACUGGAGCUGGUCAUGCAUCCGUUCCAUUACCAUCUUGGAAGUUACAGCAUGUCAAAUCAGUUGAUCCACGUGAUGCACAACGCGAAGUGAAGUCAAGGAAUUGGGAGAAUGAAUAUCACGUUCUUGGACGUAACACUAAGAGUAGUUUAUAUCGUCCGAAGCAAUUGCUCAACUUAGCUAAUAAGGAUAUAUCUACUCUGUCUCAAGCUCCAUCAAAUAUAAAUGAUCCAGAAUGUACUGCAUUAUGUGGUGAUAGCAAUGAUGCGGUAUCUUCAGCAGCUGAGUCAAGUAGUGAAGCUGCUAGUUCCAAACACUUGCGUGGUUCAAGCCCUGGUGCAUUGGUUGUUGCAGCAGAAGCACAAGCUGCCAAAGUUUUAAAAAUGAGUGAAAAUGCUAGUCGUAAUUCUGUCUUUGCAAAUGAUACAUGGACGUUGCGUCUUCAGCUGGAUCGUGGAAUGCAGUGUUUGCUUUCGUUACAAGAUGCUCGUCAUUUAUUAGAUGCUCGUGGUAUUAACGUGCAACAAUUUCAUUCAAUGUGUGAAGAUGAGAUGGAUAUCGCUCUUGUUGAAUUACGAUCACGGACCACGUUAUUACUUCUCGAACUUGCUGCUCUACUAGGUGUCAAUGUGACUCAUAAUGCGAAAGAAAGUGAACCACAUGGUGUUAUGAAUUGUGACUUAAAGCAGCUACAAAAGAUGUUGAUGGUAAGUAAAGGAAAGAUUUUGGUCAGUCGUGCCCUUCCAUUAUUACAUCCAUCCGCUCGAUUUGUGCUUCUACCUCAUGUUGUCACGUAUCUAUUAUCUGGAAUAACAAAUGGUGGAAGUUAUCAGGACAAUGAUGAUCGGUUGUGUCAGACACUAGUACUUUUGUUACUUUAUGUACCACCUUCACCACCACUUGAAUUACUUGUCGAGUGUUUACAACGUGCACUUGAUAGUCACAAUGUUCAAUCACUUUCACUUGUUUUACACAAUCGAGCACGUGCUGAAGCUUUUCAGGCAUUACUUCAACGUGGUGCUUUAGCUAUUCAAGAGCUUAAGGCUGAUGAUAUGAAGGUUGAGCAUGUGAAUGCGAUUAAAGAAGAAUGGGAAUAUCAUCAGAAUGUGUUUGUACAAAUGGCUACUGCUAUGAAGCAAACAAAUUGA